AUGAAACGUAAACAUGUGAUCACAAGCGAGUCCAACGUAUACACACUGGGAACGAUCGGCGCGCAUCGUGUUGUAACCACAAAGUUACCUUCAGUGGGUCGAACUAGGGAGGCGAUGACGGCAGCUGGGAACACAACCACUAGACUGCUCGGAAUAUUUCAGAAGGUCGAAUACGUUUUCCUGGUAGGUGUAGGUGGCGGAGUUCCGCACUACACGGAUUAUUCGCGGCAUGUGCGUCUGGGUGACGUUGUGGUAUCAACACCAGCCCCGGAUUUAAACGAUAAGUACGUGUACAUUUUCUGCGAAAAAGCUGAGCGUAAUGAAAAAGGUGGUUGGGACUAUGAAGUGAAGCCUUACAAACCAACAAAUUUCCUAUUGCAAGACAUCGCACUACGUCUUACGAAUACCCACGCCCCUUGGAACAUGUAUGUCAACGAAGGACUGCAGCGCUUACGAGGAGUGCCGGGUCGCUGGGAGGCGCCUGAAGACGCGACUGACCGCCUCAGCGUCGACGUCGGUGACGGCGUGUUUAUAGAAGUAUCACAUCCCGCUCCUCAGGGUGGACAAAGGCGCGGGCGCGUGCACUGCGCGCCGGUGGCGGGCGGGCGCGCCGUGGCGGGUGCGGGCGAGGCGCGCGCGGCCUUCGCGGCGCACGCGCGCGUUCGCGCCUACGACUGCGAGCUCGACGCCGUGCUCGACAGCGUCGUUGGCAACCGCAAGGACUGCUUCGUCUCCAUACGAGGUAUCUCGGACUACCGUGAUGGUUCGCGCGGCAAGGAAUGGCAGGCUCAUGCUGCUUUAGCUGCAGCCGCGGUUAUGAAAACUAUCAUAGUUGCUAUGGAUCCGCCUACUGACUAA